CCCAUACAAUAAAGCUACCAUCAUCAGAUCUGCUCUUCCAAGCGCACCCAUACCACCAAACACCACCUCCACCACCAUAGCACCCGUUAUACACCAUGCCAGAACCCAAGAAGCCCUCGAUACCCUCGUGGCAACUCCUGCACAAGAAAGACUCGCCCUCCUCCCCGGAACCUAGCACCGAAGAUCCUACAAGCACAAGCACGACAACCACCGCGAUAGAUUCGGAGACUGGCGUGGAUACUACCUCCUCCUCCUCCUCCGAUGCCAAUGCAAAUGCCGAUACUGAUACCAGUGCUGAUGUCGAGCAAGUCCCAUCGCUGGAGGCGGCGGAGAAGCUGCUUCGGGAUGAGGGGAGCUUAAGAGAUGCGUCUGUGGAGGAGAAGCGCGGGUUUCUGCAAUCCAAGGGUGUGAAGAAGGGGGAUGUUGCGAGGGUGCUGGGUGGAGAGGAUGGAGGAGAGGAGGUGCAGGUGGAGGGGAAGGUUGUGUUGGAUACGUCGUUGGAGGGAUCUACGUUGCAGCCUCGCUCACAGUCUGCGACGACGACAUCUACAUUACAGCCUUCAGUCCCGCAAGCUCCAGUCUCGCAGCCGCAAUUGCCAGCCGCCCCUCCAAUCGUCACAUACCCCGAAUUCCUCACCCAACCCACCGACAAAGCCCCCCUCGUCACCGUCUCCCGCCUCGUGAACACCACAUAUAUCGCCGGCGGCAUCGCCGCCACCAUCUACGGUCUCUCAAAAUUCCUCGUCACACCCAUGGUCGACAGCCUCACAGUCGCGCGCCACGACUUCGCAUCCAACACCCAGACACGCCUCAACGAGCUGAACGAGAAGCUCGCCGGCAUGGUCUCUGUCGACCCAGCAAGCAAGAGACCGCGGUCCGUGAUAUCAGAAGCAACAACACCAGCAACCGACUCCGACGACGCCGAAAGCAUAGACUCCGAUCCCACGGAGCUCUACCACCGCGACUACGGCACGCAAACAAGCCCACACAUCAGCCGCCGACCAAGCACAACCCACGAGGAGGACCACGCGUCCACAGACAUCGACACUCCUCCCCCACCAGCAUCCGCCGCCGAGAAAGUCCCCACAGGCCACAGCGCCCGCCUAAAGAUCAUGACCUCACACAUGCGCGAUCUCCAGACGGCCAGCGAGACAAACGACAGGACGGCAGACAGCCUGAAGAAGGAGCUGCGCGCGCUCGACGACUAUCUGACCGCGAUGCGCUUUCAGACACCGCGCUCGGCGUACGACUCGGAUUUUGCGAAUGUGUAUCAUGCGAGUCGGGGGCUGGGUGUUGGUGGUGGUGGUGGUGCGAGUGAGAGGGACUCGAAGGAGGAUGCGGUGGAGGAUGUGCGGGCGAGUAUUCGGGGUGUUAAGGGGGUGUUGCUGGCGGCGAGGAAUUUUCCGGCGGGGUUGCGGAAGUGAAUAUGACCCCUGCGUUUCACUACUACUCGGCUGGAUGUGGGUUUUGUGGUGUGGUGUGGGGCUAUCCUCGGUGUAUGUGUAUGUGUAUGUGUAUGUGUAUGUGUAUGGGUAUCCAAAGGUAUUCGAACAUGAAGCGUUUGACCUUCGUAUGAGAAUGGUCUGAAUGGCGGAGCUCGUAUGGCCGUUCUUCUUUCGGCUCCAUUGGAAUAUGAAUUUAAGGGGCGGGUGGACAUGUGCAGUGUGGAAGCACGAGCGAUGACAAUACUUGGAUUUGCACUAAGCUUUCAAAUCAGCAAUGACAUCGACUAUGUGUCAGCCAGCCAUGGCAUAUGGUUGGUUAUGUGCCAAUCUCAUGUAGUCAGAGCUCAUGUUGUCUCUGAGGCACUUACACAGGGUCGAGUCUGGGC